AUGGGACAACAUUUCACCAAUGAGGAAGGGGAACAAACAGACAUUGAUGUGGCCGAGUUGCAGGAAUGGUAUAAGAAGUUUGUAGUGGAAUGUCCCAGCGGGACUCUCUUCAUGCAUGAAUUCAAACGCUUCUUUGGAGUCCAGGAUAACCAAGAAGCAGCAGAGUAUAUUGAGACUAUGUUCAAAGCUUUUGAUAAGAAUGGGGAUAACACCAUUGAUUUUCUGGAGUAUGUGGCUGCUUUGAAUCUUGUCCUACGAGGAAAAUUGGAACACAAGCUGAAAUGGACAUUCAAAGUGUAUGACAAGGAUGGGAACGGCUGCAUAGACAAACCUGAGCUCUUAGAAAUAGUUGAUUCUAUUUACAGGCUGAAGAAAGUGUGUCGGUCGGAAAUGGAAGAGAGGACUCCACUGCUCUCCCCCGAGGAAGUCGUGGACAGGAUAUUUCAGUUAGUGGAUGAGAAUGGGGACGGGCAAUUGUCCCUUGAUGAGUUCAUUGAUGGUGCACGGAAAGACAAGUGGGUGAUGAAGAUGUUACAAAUGGACGUAAACCCUGGAGGGUGGAUCGUGGAACAGAGAAGGAAAAGUGCUUUGUUUUAA